CAUCAUAAACAAACAUGGCGGCGGACUGAAAGCAGCGGCGGACGCUCUGUGACGCUGUUUUAAUUAAGAGGACGGGUUUUUAAUGUUAGAACUGGUUCGGUUGGUUUCAUAGCGGAUCAGGAUGGAGCCUGGCCCGUUUCCAGAGGAGGUUCCGGACAGGAAAGUGCGAGUGGUCGGUUCGGAGCUGGUGGAGAGCUACACGGUUUACAUCAUCGAUGUUACAGACGGUCUGCAUAAGUGGACUGUGAAGCACCGCUACAGCGACUUCUAUGACCUCCAUGAGAAGCUGACAGCAGAGAAGAAGGUGGACCGGCGUCUGCUUCCUCCUAAGAAGAUUUUAGGAAAGAACUCAAAGAGUUUGGUGGAGCGGAGGCAGAAGGAGCUGGAGCUCUACUUACAAACGCUGCUUCAGCAGUUUCCAGAGGCCACGCCCACUCCUCUCGCCUGCUUCCUGCACUUCCACCUCUAUGAGAUUAACGGCAUCACAGCGGCUCUGGCUGAGGAGCUUUUCCAUAAAGGAGAGCAGCUUCUGCAGGCAGGAGAGGUGUUUACCCUUCGCCCUCUGCAGCUUUACUCCGUCACUCAGCAGCUCCGACUGGCCAAGCCCACCUGCUUCACCGGAGACGCCAAAACGGACCUGGGUCACAUCCUGGACUUCACCUGCAGGCUGCGCUACCUCAAGAUUUCAGGGACCAGAGGUCCGGUUGGAACCAGUAACAUCCAGGAGAAUAGCCUCUCCUUCGACCUGUCUGUUUUCAAAUCACUGCUGCAGAUUGAGAUCAGCGACUGCAUCGCGCAGCGGGUUCAAGGUCUGCCGUCUCUGAGAUCCACCCUGGCUACUCUCAGCAUCCACCGCUCCACAGAGUCCAUGAUGUCCGUCCUCGUCCCGGAGGCCAGCGAGUUCCCGCAGUGGGAGCCUGAGGGGGUGGAGUCUGGGUGUCCGGUCACCGCCGUGGUUCCUGUGUGGAGACAGCUGACCACCCUGGACAUGAGCCACAACUGCAUCAGCACCAUCGACGACUCUACUCGAUCUGUUGGAUCCUGAACACUUUUCAUUCUGACCUGCUUGUUUUGGGGUUUGCUUGUGUGUCUGCAGCACCUCUACAACCUGGUCCACGUGGACCUGUCCUAUAACAGCCUCCGGAGCCUGGAAGCUGCUCACACUCGUCUGGGGAACAUCAAAACCCUGAGCCUGGCUGGGAACCAGUUGGAGAAACUGACGGGCCUCUCAAAGCUCUACUCUCUGGUCAACCUGGACCUCAGCCACAACCAGCUGGCCCAGUUGGAGGAAAUCAGGAACAUCGGCGCUCUGCCGUGCCUGGAGAAACUCAACCUUUCCAGUAACCCCAUUUGCAUCAUCCCAGACUACAGAACCAAAGUCCUGGCCCAGUUUGGAGACCGGGCAGCAGAGGUUUGCUUGGACUGUAAAGUGACGACGGAGAAGGAGCUGGACACAGUAGAAGUGCUGAAAGCCAUUCAGAAAGCCAAAGAGGCCAAAGACCGCAUGAGCCACAACGACAAGAAGAUCAGUGAAGACACCAAGCCGUCUGCUGCUCCUUCCUCCUCUUCAUCCUCUUCGUCCUGUCCGGCCCAGCAGUCUGCCUGCCCCAGCCAAGAAAUGACGAACAGAGAAGACGCCCCCCAACCCCCCGCCGCUCCCCCCCCUGUGGACGCUGCACUCCCCCCUGAGAGCUCAAACACAAACACACACCUCCUGUCUGCUCAACCUGCUCAGGUAAAACUUUCUGCAUUCAUUCCGUCUCAACAACCGCUCUGUGGAGCCGCAACAACCAACACAACGUCUUCAUCUGCAGCCAUCUGCUGUAUCUGCUCCGCUUCCUUCUCCAGUCACCAGGACGUAAGCUGUUCCUCCUGCAGCGCCACCUGGUGUCCUCUCCUUCCAUCUCCUCUCUCCUCGCUGUCCUCUAACUUGGACUUCAUUCAUCGGCUGUCGCAGUGGCUCAGUUUGGCCUCCAGGGAGCAGAAGACAAGGAGAGGAGAAGGAGGAGUGGAGGAAGAGGAGCAGAGGUCUGAUCCCAGAGACCAUCAGUCUCAUGUGGAGGGUACCGAUGUCGGCAGUCGCAGUCCGAGCUCCAGGGACGGCUACUUUGAGAUGGGUCUGGAUGAUUCUGGAGAGGAGCUACUGUGCUCCUCUCCCCCUGCUCCGGUUGCAGAGGGGGAGGAGCCUGGCGGCCGACUUGAGGAGCCCUGUGAGGAGAGGGCGGAGCUUCAGAUCCAAAGAGUUCUAUGGUGCUGUUGUGUUCUGGUCAGUGGAGAGGUGGAGCAGAGGGAGGCGUGUCUGGUGCUGACAGACCGGCUGUUCGGGCUGCUCCGCUGGUCACAUGACUCCCUGUCGGCCAAUCAGGAGAGAGACCAGCAGCAGAACCCACCUGUGGACCAGGUCCUGGCGGGCCUUCAGGUGGACCUCCUGACGCCGUACUCCCAGGUCCAGCUGACCUCCCAGGCUGAGCUCCCUGACUCCUGUCUCUCCUUUGGAAUGAAAGCGGGUCAGAGCCGCUGGUUCAUCUUCUCUGAGGCCGAAGAGGUCCGGCGGACCAGAACCGAGCUUUGUGCGCUGCUCCAGGACGCUCAGAACCUCCCGGAGCCCCUCGACGCUCCUCAGCUCCUUCCUCCUUCUCUUAUCAGCUCUUGGGAGGUGGAGGAGAGUCGGGGAGCUCGGGGAGGAUAUCCCGCCCACAUCCUUUGCUCCUCUUCCUCCUCUUCCUCAGACGCUCUCCACCUCUUGUCAGAUGAUCCCAGCCUCCUCUCGCUCCUCUUCGUCACACACAGACACCUCUGGGUGCUCAGGAUGGAUUUCAGAGAAGUGUCUAAAAUAGAGAGUCCUAAACCCCACCAGUCCUCUUCCUCCUCCUGGUGCGGGCUUGUGCGUGUGUCCCUCGGCUCGGUGCUUCUUCACCCCAAAGAGAGAGAUGCUCAGCUGGGAGAUGGAACCAGCCGCGUCUCCUGUCCUGACCCACGGCACGACCAAAGGAGUCGGCAUUCAGUGGAUCUGCUGGUUGCUGGUCAGGAGCUGCUGCUGCUCUUCCCUCUGGCCCAAGACAGGAGCUCCUUCCUGGGGGAGCUGAGCCAAAGAAGGGCUUCUCUGGAGGGGCUGAAGAUGGUGGCCCUGCCCCGGCCGUGUGGGCCCUGUCCGGCCGGCGGUGGACCAGGCUGCUGCAGAUCCAAGGAUUCCUGCUGCUGCCUCAGCAACAGGAAGCUUCACAGCUCCAGCAGUUGGGACCCGUUCAAACUCCAAACUGAGGACAACCAGCCGUCUCCCCACCUGGUUCCAGGUCUCUCACCUGGACUGAAGCUCCUGGCCGGACUCACAGGACAGCAGCUGCCCACCUACUUCAGCAGAUAUAUAGCUCUGUCCAGGGGGGAGGACCUGAGACACGUCCUGUGGCUCUCUGUGGUUCUCUAUAAGGCUCCAGAAACCGAGCUGACCUGCUGUCUGCUACUCUCUACGGACGCCAUCUACUUCCUGCUGGAGGACUCUGCCACCGCUCUGGGGAACCACUCAGCGAUGGACUCAUCCAUCUCUGGAGACCCGGAGACAAAUCUCUGCUGCUGCCUGAGCAUCAGACUCUCUGAGCUGCAGGCUGUCAACGUUGGACUGUUUGACCAGUACUUCAGAGUUGUAGGACGCUCGGCCGACCAGAUCGUCUGCUGCCUCAGCAGGGACAGCUACGGGACGAGCGUCUUCCUGCAGGAGCUGAUGUCUGCUCUCAGCCUGCAGCAGCAGCUCCCUCCACCGGAGCCUUCGGAUCAGGACUUCUACUCCCAGUUCACCGACACAAACGCGGGUAAGAUGCAGAACUACGAGCUGAUCCACAGCAGCAAGGUGAAGUUCAUUUAUCCCAGCGAGGAGGAGAUGGGAGACCUGACCUUCAUCGUGGCUGAGAGGAAGACUUCAGCCAGCACGGCCUCUUCAUCCUCCAGCUCCUGCAGCAUCCUGCUCUACCUGCUGGUCUUUCAGGUGAUAAAGCCUUUUUUUUUUUUACUGGAAUUUCAACAGUUUGGAUUCUCAGAUGCUCUGCAGCUGGCAGCUGAACACGAACACUACAGGAUGAUUUAUACUCAGAAACCAGUCCAAGCGUCAUGUUUGCUCUCUGCCUCCAUCUUCUCCCGCUGCAGGGAGCGCUACCAGCUCUGUGAGGCGCGGCGGAUCCGGGAUCUGGACCGGGUCUUACUGGGAUACCAGACCUACCCUCAGGCUCUGACCCUGGUCUUCGAUGACCUGCCGGGCCCCGACCUGCUCUGCCACCUCACCAUGGACCACUUUGCUGCCACAGGAGAAGAGGCUCCGCCCACAGGGGGCGCGGCCAGCCGUGGGGCCGAGGGGGAGGUGCAGUGGUGCGUCUUCGUACCCGGAGCCGACAGCAGAGAGAGGCUGAUCUCGCUCCUCGCCCGUCAGUGGGAGGCGCUGUGCAGCCGGGAGCUUCCUGUGGAGCUCACCGGCUGAUUGGCUGAUGAGGGAGCAGGACGCACUGAUUUGAUUCAAGGCAUUUUAAGGCCUUCGCACAAAUAUCUGCAGCUGGAAAGCAUGGCGGAUUCAGAACGGAAAGUUUUUAAAAAAGAAAAAUAAACUGGUGUUGCGCUACAGGGGGCGCUGCAGCAUGUCCACAGGGAGAUUAACCUUACAUAACCUUUAAAGAACUGAGCUCUGCACAAA